UAAACGUCGGCCGGGAGACGGACUGUGGUUGACACUGCGCCUCGAAGACGCCAUGCUCCGCCACUCGAUCGCUGCCUUCUUGCUGGUGGCUGCGUGCUCUGGCAACCUGUAUCCCAGGUUCGAGAAGGUGGUCCGAGACCCGUUGGUAUUCGACCUGCUCUACAGUACCACAGCUGGUGCUCAUAAUGAAUCUUGGUACUUCGAUGCUCCAGUCAACGUGACCUCUUUCAUCAUCCCAACUCAGAUGACUUGGUCCUCAGGUCCAGAGGCGAACGGAACGUACGUGGAGGACGUGGAACUGCUCAUCUACGAGGUGUAUGACCGUUCGGAGACUUACCUGGUUGGCAACGGUUCAUACUCUGGGACGGUCAGCAUGGGUAAAACGCUCCACAUACCCGUGAUGAAUAUCACGACUGGAGGCGAGCUAUACGUUAGACAGUACCUCACCAGUCUGGGAUACAACUACAUCCUCAGCUUCCACUUCAAGACGACCGGAAUGUACCCCUGGUAUAUGACGCGUACAUUUUCCUCGUAUUCCCCUGUGAGUUCUUACACUGACGUAGAGGGUUUAGCUAUUGGACUAACUUUCAGCAAUGCCUAGAACUACAUUGGUUCGGUGAACAGUGUUCGGUUCCAAUUUUUUUCCAUCCUCAUACCGCUUCAGUGUCGGCUAAAUGUCCCUUAUUGACGAAGUCUCUUCCGUUUCGUUUCCUUCUUAGCGGGCACGAUACGAGUGUGUUCUUAUAAUUGAAGCAGGUAACCAAAUUGUACUUCAAGCAGCAGUUACCGGAAAACGCUUCAGAAAUUACGCGUAACUAUUAAACAGAAGAACACGGGCAAAAUUAAAAAUAUUCCUGUACAAGAAUGGGAAAAUUUUUGCUAAUAUAUAUAUUUUCGGUGUCAUAAUUUAAACUUUCGAGCAGUCAGUACAUUUAGAACUUAAGAUGUAUUUGUAAUUCCUAUCAGAAACAUUAGUUUAAAAAUUAAAAUCAGGAAAGGUGGAAGCACAAGUUGCGGGAAUAGAACUGUUCUACACAUGUAGCACUUAUAAAAUAAAUUACAUGUUACAAAACACAGCAUUACAGUUCGACUAAUUUAGCCCAGAAAUGGGCGAAGUCGACUGGAUCAUGAGUUUUCGACAUUACGUGCUAAAGUGUGCAAGGGGAUGGGGAUGGGGUGAUUGGCCGUGGUCGGGACAGGAGUAUUUGUAGGGUUGUCUGGAUCUUACCACUAUUGCCGUAUGUUACGUGUUUUUUGACAAUAGCGUCGUGAUAGUAAAAAACUGUAACUGCCACAAAGAAGUGGCACAAAUUAACAAUUAGUGACGAUCUGAAACAGAUGCUGUGAACACUGCAUACAAUUCAAUAUUUUGCUUAACUGUCAUCCUGAGUCAUCAACUCGUCUCGAGUUUUAAUAUACAUACAUUCCACAUUUCUCUCCCACACUCCUACGCGCGGUGAUGUGACAAGUAGACACAGCUGGAAUCUGAAGUGCGUUUCCAUAGCACCUCUCACCUUCUUCGUAUACCGAACUGUGACCGAUGAGUGAAGACUGAGAGGCGUAUGUGUAACGGUUAUAAUUCAUUUCCUUUACUGGAAGCCGUCUUAUUCAUCGACAAAACAUACUUGACUUUUGUACCUGCUAAGGUACACUAAGCUCUCAUGUCAUUGCUAUAUGCGUAAAAUAACCACGGCUUUCAAAUAAACUUGAGAUUCAUAUAAUAGUUUUCUAGUACUUGUUUUCAUACCAUGAUUGCACAAUAAAGCUGUUAAUUUAUGAAGUGUAUUUUGCGUGUAUCUGCCAGCAUUUAUUGAGAUUAAUGCGUGUAUGAAAAUUUCUGUGAGAAGCAAAUAAAGUUAUAUUGUAACAACAA